AUGGGCCACCUCGUGGACUCCCGCAUCGCGUCACCGGGCGACGGCCGUGAUGUCAUCACCCGGGCGGUGGUGACGCACCUCAAGGAGGGCCGCAUCACACGGGACCAGCUGGUGGCGCACGCCUUCCUGCUGCUGGUGGCCGGCAACGCCACCGUGGCGUCGAUGAUCAACCUGGGGCUGUACGAGCUGAUGACUCACCCCGACCAAAUGGAGGCGCUCAGGUCUGACAUCGACGGCCUGAUGCCCGGUGCUGUUGAGGAGAUCUGCCGCUACCACACCGCCUCAGGCCUGGCCCUGCGCAGGUGA